AUGUUUUCUUGUAGGGAAAACAAUGAAGUUGCAGGACAUGCAGUUGGUUCAGCAAGAGAACCAAUAGAGCAAGGGGUAAGUAGAAUGAUAUUCACAAGCUCAAGAGGUGCCUGUCAGUAUCCCAAUAUCAAAACCUCCCGAUAUUAGAAAAGAUAAAAUCACUUUUUAUCAUUAGCACUAGAGAAGUGUUCUGCGGUUCAUGUUUUCAUUUGCUCCUCGCCGCUGGGGAGAAACGGCUGUUUUGUCUCCAUAAAGCAUGUUGCCGAAAUCGAUCACAAUCCUAUAAAUCCUAUCGCAAGUUGUGACUUAAAAAAAUUGCAGCUUUGAAUUUAUUUGUUUUGUACAUACUCAAGUUUUGGCAUCAGCACAGUUAGACUGCAAGGACCCGCUUCGGUGAUAGUUCAGAUAGUUGGAUGCUGGGACUCACAAGAACUGUUUUUUGACACAUUUAUUAAGAGACAACUUUUAACAAGAAAGUGAUAAUAUCUCCUACGCUGGCUUAAAAAUAUGAUUUCCUCUUUUGUGCAGGCGAUCGGUGGUCAACAACCCAUUGAAGGAGUGUAUCUUCCCAUUCAGGAUGUAGAACAGACAGAACAUGGAUUUCAACAGCUUUUUAUUGGUCAACUUAACGCUGCAGGGAUUUACAAUGGGCUGAUGGAUCACCAAGGGAUCUCACCACUGCCAGUUGUGCCACCAAGAUACCCUGACCGCCUGAAAGAGAUACUUGUUGAGAAUAUGAAUUUUCGUCCAAUGCAGGAGGUUCCCUUAUACCAGUUGCAUUCUCGAAGAGGUAGACAGCCGAUGCAGUACGCGGAGCAAACUAGAGGAAUGCAAUUCAGAGAAUGGGCUGGAGCUAGACCACCAGCAACUCAGAUGCACUGCGGGCGAGGAUGGACUGAUGCAACUGAGUCGUUCGCUGGAAUCAGGUGCUCUAGAUCUGUCGAGGAGACCAGCCAAUUUCCAGCGCAGAAUCAAGGAGGUGAACGGAUGCGUGCAUCCAGUUCUCCACGACAGCUGACUUCGAACAGGUCAGUAUACGUCCUCAAAUUAAGCCAAACGCAUAUCCCAUCCAGCUAAUUCGAGGGCUAUUUUAAAUGUUUCCCGAUCCUCUGGCCACGGGUAAGCAGUGCGUCAUGUUACACCUUGACUUGAUUGAAAUCGCAGUGGUUGGUUUUACAUCUCUGCAGGAAUAGCAAAAUCAUGACGUAGUUUAAUAGACAGUUUAAUUUCUAUGAUCUUUGCUACCUAGUCACCUAUCAAUACGCUGAAAGGGUCUUUUAAACAAAGCCAUGAAAUUCUAAGUAAACAUCCGGAAAUUACAGCAGUUACAGGUCAUAAUGACUUCCAUAAACAUCGUACAAGCGUCAAAGUUUACUUUUUUAGCUAGUAUAGCAUCCAAGUUUGUUAGCGACUGUUUCCAAUUUGUCUUUUCUCUAUGCCACAACUCAAAAACCGCCCUCACAAAACCAACCAGACCUUUACGAAAAAUGAAAUAAUCAUCCUAGAACCGAAUUUUCUCUACAGGUCAAGUCCACCAGAGCCUUUGUUGACUAAAGGUCAGAUCUGUGGUGGAGAUUAUACUUGGAUUAUAGAGCAUUUCUCUCAGCUCCUCCACGGUGAUAGUGAUGGAAUAAAAACAUCAUUUGAUAGUCCUCCGAUUUACACUAGUUUGCGUGGAUACAAGUUCUUCAUGCGUGUCUACCCAAAAGGCGUUGAUGGUGGAGAUGGAAGUCAUAUUGGCCUGUUUGUUGGUAUGAUGAAGGGGAAUUUUGAUAAUAGGCUAAAAUGGCCAUUUUGUGGACGAAUCUCCCUCUCCAUGUUGGAUCAAAGCAAUGAUGCUCACAGCUUCUGCAACGAUGUCAGUGGCACUUUUAUGGCCAACAGAAAUCUUGAAGCUUUUCAGAAACCUGCUGCCAGCGGCCAAUACACCACUCUGUAUGGCUACGAGAAGUUUGCGCCCAUCGACACGGUUCGUUGCCCACAGUACUCCAAAGAUGAUGCAGUGAUGAUCAAUAUCGAGAUUCACAAAAAUUCCUAA